AUGUCAAACGUCGGAUAUCCUUCUACCUACGAGGACGGUGACCAGCGUCAUUACAGCAAAGAGGCUGUGCGUGAGGAGGGUCGCACACAUGGUGUCAACACAGAGGGCUACCAGAACAAGGAUAGCAUCAUGAAUGAGCUCCGGGCGAGCGACACACAACGAGAGAUUGAUGAUAAGAUGAAGCACCAGCCUGGCUUCGCAGCCACCAUGCACGGCAACCAGCCCUCUAGGGGCGCCCAGAUCGACGCCGAACUUGCACAAGAAGACGCCGAGUUGAUGGCAAAGAAGCGGGAGAAGACGGACAGCAUGCCAGGAAAGAAGAUGGAACACAACACUGAGAAGAGCGAGUGGAAGCAGCAGAUGGACCAAGAAGAGUAUGAGGCUCGUGCUGCGCACAGCAAGAGAGGAUCAAACAGGAAUGGAGGCCAAGGUAUGGAGUAUGUUACUCGCAAGACCCAUAGUAGCCGGGAGUAA